CGUUUCCCACGGAAAAACAGAGGCCAACUCUUUGAACGGCCCGAAGACCACAAUCAUCCGAUACAACUAUGAAAGGUCGUCUUCUGCUCUCGAAUUCAAUUCCAAUCAAACUUUGAUGUUCUUCCCUGUUUUCUCAGUGAGACUAUUUAUGACUGCGAGGUGAAAGGCACGCACUUCAUUUCCCUCCAGAGUGAUACGUCUGUUCUCAGUGGAUGGAGUCCUGGUGAUCACAAUAUUUCCGUAGGUGUGGGAGAAUAGAAAUAUUGGCUAAUUAAUGGGUUCUAAGAACAAGUCAUUAUCAGGCCACCGAAGAAGUUGUUCAAUAUUUUAUGUGAUUGGUCUGUGCGGUUUAUUUUAUCUUUUUGGAGCAUGGCAAAAGGGUGGUUCUGGAAAGGGAGAUAGAAUCGCCAUGGAUGUUAAUAGGAUCACAGAAUGCGAAAUUUUGCCCCAUUUGAGAUUCGAAUCUCACCACAAUGAUAAAGGAAUUUAUGAACCAGAGGCGAAAGUGUUCGAGCCUUGUGAUGUCCGAUUCACUGACUAUACGCCUUGUUAUGAACAAGACAGAGCAAUGAGAUAUCCCACGGAGAAUAUGAUACAUAAGGAAAGACAUUGCCCAUCUCACGAGGAGAAACUUAAUUGCCUAAUUCCAGCCCCAAAAGGGUACAUGACCCCUUUCCCUUGGCCUAAAAGCCGUGAUAUAGUGUACCAUGCCAAUGUUCAUUCCAAGAGUCUCACAGAAGAAAAGGCCAAUCAAAACCGGGUACUACUCCAAGGGAAUGUGCUGAGAUUCCCAAGUCGAGGAGCCAUGUUUCCUCAAGGAGUAGAUGCAUAUAUUGAUGAACUUGCAUCAGUCAUCCCAAUUGCUAAUGGAUCUAUCCGAACAGCACUUGACAUUGGUUGUGGGGUAGCAAGCUGGGGAGCGUACAUGCUGAAGAGAUAUGUCAUAACUAUGUCUUUUGGACGAAAGGACAAUCAAGAAGCACAAGUUCAGCUUGCACUGGAACGAGGUGUCCCUGCUGUUAUUGGUGUUCUUGGCACCAUCCACCUCCCCUACCCUUCAGUAGCCUUCGACAUGGCUCACUGUUUAAGAUGCCUAAUACCAUGGACUUCAAAUAGUGGUAUGUAUCUAAUGGAAGUGGAUAGAGUUCUCAGACCUGGUGGAUACUGGAUUCUCUCUGGUCCUCCUAUCAACUGGAAAACGCACCACUCCUCGUGGAAGCAAUCUGCGGAAGAACUGGAAGCAGAGCAGAAAAAGAUCGAGGAGUUAACUGAGAGUCUUUGUUGGGAAAAGAAGUAUGAAAAGGGAGAUAUCGCUAUCUGGAGAAAGAGACUAAAUCCAGAACCCUGCCGAAGUCAUUCUGCUAAUUUAUGUAUUAAUUCAGAUAAUGCAGAUGAUGUGUGGUAUAAGAAAAUGGAGGCAUGUAAAACCCCUUUUUCUGAGGCAAACAGAGAAGGUGAAGCUGAUGGAGAGAAGUUGAAGGAGUUUCCUGCUAGGCUUUUUGCGGCCCCUCCUAGAAUAUCAAGGGGCUCAGUUCAAGGGGUGACAGCUGAAUCUUACCAAAAGGACAACAAACUAUGGAGAAAGCAUGUCAAUACUUACAAAAGAAUCAACAAAUUGAUUGGCACUAACAGAUACCGUAAUGUGAUGGACAUGAAUGCUGGCCUUGGAGGAUUUGCAGCGGCACUUGAAUCACCAAACUCCUGGGUGAUGAAUGUUGUUCCCACUAUUGCUAAGAACACAUUAGGUGCUAUCUAUGAGAGAGGUCUAAUUGGAAUUUAUCACGACUGGUGUGAAGGAUUUUCUACAUACCCGAGGACAUAUGAUCUCAUUCAUGCACACGGUUUGUUUAGCUUGUACCAUGACAAGUGCAGUAUGGAAGACAUCCUUCUGGAGAUGGAUCGGAUCCUUCGACCCGAAGGGGCGGUUAUAGUCAGGGACCAGGCUGAUGUGGUGAACAAGGUUAGAAAAAAUGUGAGAGGAAUGAGAUGGGAGGCCAAAAUGGUGGAUCAUGAGGAUGGCCCAAUUGUGCCCCACAAGAUUUUGAUUGCUGUCAAACAGUACUGGGUUGGCAACAACGGGAACUUCACUACCAGUAGGGAAUGACACUGAAAUUGUUUGGGCUCGGCUUCUACGAUAGUAAGCAAAGUUCCUGAGACCAAAGGAAAAUAAAGAAGAAAAAAGAAGGAAGGAAAGACAUUAUUAUCACAGCAAAAGUUGAGGCUGGGUGUGUGAAAACUAUCGAGAAUGUUGUUUCGCAGGGAAGAAAGUUUUCUCUACCUUGAAUUCUUAAGCUGACUCUAGAGGAUUUAGUGUAGACUAGCAUUUGUAGUAACUCUACUCACUAAAUGGUAAUUCAAUAUUAUGAAAGCUUUCUAAUUUAUUUCA